AAACCGGCCGAGAAAAAACCGGCCGAGAAAAAACCGGCCAAGAAAAAGCCGGGUGAGAAGAAGCCGCUGGAGCAGAAGCCAAUCCAGAAAGGAGGAGGAGAGAAGAAGAAGAAGAAGGUUAAGAAGCAUCAUGCCAGCCGGAAUCCUGUCCUGGCCCGCGGCAUUGGGAGGUAUUCCCGGUCAGCCAUGUACGCCAGGAAAGCACUGUACAAGCGCAAGUACACUGCUCCAGAAACAAGGAUAGAAAAGAAGAAGAAGAAGAAGCCCCGCACAACCAUCACCAAGCCGGUGGGUGGGGACAAGAAUGGAGGCAGCCGCGUGGUGAAAAUCCGCAAAAUGCCCAGGUACUAUCCCACCGAGGAUGUUCCUCGCAAGCUUUUGAGUCAUGGCAAGAAGCCCUUCAGCCAGCACAAGAGGCGGCUGAGGGCCACCAUCACUCCAGGGACUGUUCUGAUCCUGCUGACUGGUCGUCACAGAGGGAAGCGUGUCGUCUUCUUGAAGCAGCUCGAUACUGGCCUUUUGCUUGUUACAGGACCCUUGGUUGUCAAUCGUGUCCCUCUGCGUAGGGCCCAUCAGAAAUUUGUUAUUGCUACAUCUACAAAGGUGGAUAUCUCUGGAGUAAAAAUUCCCAAGCAUCUCACUGAUGCAUAUUUCAAGAAGAAGAGGCUGCGGAAGCCCAAGCACCAGGAAGGCGAGAUCUUUGACACUGAGAAAGAAAAAUACGAGAUAACGGAGCAGCGCAAGUCGGACCAGAAGGCGGUGGAUUCCCAGAUCCUGGCGCGAAUCAAGAAGGUGCCUCAGCUCCGUGGGUACCUGCGUUCCACAUUCUGUCUCUCAAAUGGAGUCUAUCCUCACAAAUUGGUGUUCUAACUGCCCUGAAAGCACCACAUUAAAUCUGAAGGAAAAACCA